GUUAAGGAGUGCUAAAGUGUGAAAAGAGGGGAAAUCUCUGAGGACCUUCACCCCCUGGGCAGGAAGUCAAAGAAACCUCGGAGUCCUGAUUUCAGAGAAAUGUCAUUUGUCAUCAACCCAAGAAAAGGAGUUUUUCUCUUCGAAGACCACCACAGGCCCUUCCUGGGGUUGCCCCCAUCAGAGCCUGAUGGGAGGAUCUGAGUCACUCACACACCCAGUCCCCAGUGAUGUCCCAGAUGACAGGGGUCAUUCCCACAGAGCAGUUGAGGCUUCCUAGUACCAAGUCAGAGAGAGGGAGGAGGAGGCAUGCUUUUGGCCCUCCUUCACUCUCUCCUUAGAAUGCAGAUGUUUCAGUCCUUUUUACUUUUGAGGUAGUAGAAAGAGCUUCCAGCUGCUAGAGAUCUACUGACACCUCUAAGAAACAGAACUAAUACUAUUUGAAUGAUGCUAUGUACCGAGAAACCACUUUCACAUACAUCAUGUCAUUUCAUCUUCACCCCACCUCCAAAUGAGGUAAGCAGAGGUUAUCCCUAUUUCAUGGAUGAGUUAACUGAGGCUCAGAGAGGUGACUUGCCCAAGGUGACUCAACUAGUAAAUGGCAGAGAUGAGACUCAAACGCAGGUCUGAUUAUCCCAAAGUUCUUAUUGCUUUAGAUACACUUCUUUGACUAGGGGUUCACAAAUGAAAUGAGACAGGAGGUUAGGAGGCAGAAUGCCAGGGCUCUGGAGGGGAGAGUGGUCUCUCCUGGAGGAGUGAUGCACAGCCAGGGGUAUAAAACCACACCCCUUGGAGGACUGUGGCAGACUGAUACUUGGGACACCCAAUGGAUGACUGUGAGGUCAGGGGCGGGGCUAGCUCCAGGGUGGGGGUGCCCAGGAGCCCCAACAGCAGUUCAGAGCAUGCGGUGUCCAGGAGGAAGCUACAACCGGUGAGUGGCUGCUUCUCCCCAGCUGAGACUUUCCUCCCACUACACCCCUCUUUCUGUCCACUUCCUGCCAGCCUGUAGCCCUCUCCGUGAAGUGUCCAACUAGUAAUCCCCCCUCCUAUGGGGUCCGUACUCAUGGUGAGCCCACACCUAGGAAUAUGCCUGCUGGGCACUGCAACACUUAGGUGCGUCUCUUUAUAUCUGGGUUCCCAGUUUUCUUAAAAGCCAAUGUGGUGGUUUUGAUGUGUGAUAAAUUUCUGCCUUGUUCGGUUCUGUCCUUCUGUUCUUCACUUUUGGCUUAUGAAAAACAAAAUUGAACCGUCUCCUUAUCCUAAUCUUGAGAGGAAAUAGCCUCUCCCUCUAUAGUUCCCAUUUCCCUUUCUUUGGCUUCCUCAAGGGUCAAAGCCUUCUCCAAAGUCUCUCCAUCUUCAGAUGAGGAGCCUUCUCUCCUGUGGCUUCUGACCUGCUCUCUUAUCUCACUGCAUGGGAGCCUUUGGUCUCUUCCAGUUCCUUCUCUGAGGAUGGGUUCUAGAAGUUUCGUCCUCAGGGAGAUGAUUGAUUGAUGCCUUAGAGCCUGCCCUCCUGCAGUUACGACCCCUGUCUUGCUGCCCUUUCUUCCUCUUGGGACCCUCAGCUCCACAUGAUGGGCUUGCAGGGGGAGGACACACUAGCUUUCUAACCUCACCCAUGAAGCUGUGUCUUGCUCCAUCCCUAACUUCCAGGGCUGACUGGGUUUUGUGGUGAUCUUCUUGUCUGGAAUGAGGAGAGCCUGACCUACUCCGAGGUCUUUCCCUGCAGAGGAGCUUGGAGAAGCAGAAGUAUCAGUGUUUGCUAUCCUUUAAGUCAGACAUUGCCAACUGGCAGGACCCAUCUAUACUAGCCUUAAAUCCACUACUUGAGAUAGUUCUUAGCUGUCUGGUCCUUGCUCUUUAAGUCCUGAAUUUGGUCUAAUUUCCAUUCUCCCACCACCCCACCUCCACCCCUGGCCCCUGCUAUGAUUCUGGAUAAGCUCAGGUCCUCUCUCGGGUCAGGUUAUCUGUUCCAUUCAGGACAGAGAGCUCUGAUUCAGAACCAGCAAUUCACUCUUUCUCCCCUCACCUCCACAGGCUUGAGAAUAUGCUGUUCCUGCCUCCCCUUUUCACCAUGGACCCCACACUGUGGCCCUUCUCUCAGAACCUCUGAGAUUGGUACCCAGGCAAGGCACAAUGCCCACGUCCCCAACAAGACUGCCUAGUCCCUAUGGCUCUGAUCGGCUGGUACGGCUAGCAGCCAGGCUCCGGCCAGCACUAUGUGAUACCCUGAUCACAGUGGGGAGCCACGAGUUCCCUGCCCACAGCCUGGUGCUGGCAGGUGUGAGCCAGCAACUGGGUCGCAGGGGUCGCUGGGCUCUGGUGAAAGGCAUCAGCCCUUCCACCUUUGCCCAACUUCUGCACUUUGUUUAUGGGGAGAGCCUAGAGCUGCAACCUGGGGAACUGGGGCCCCUUGAGGAGGCAGCCAGAGAGUUAGGGGUGCAGUCCCUGGAAGAGGCAUGCAUGAGGGCUCGAAGAGAUAUGGCCAGAGAAGAGCUGGGUCCAGGGCUGAAGGAACAACAGGAGGAGCCAGAGAAACCCACAAGGGAUUCUAUGAGAGGAGUGCGGGGCUUUGGAGAGAAGCAGAGACCACAGAAGUUUGUUAGAGCUGGUGGGAAAGAACAGGAGACGUUGCACAGGCACAGGCCACCAAGAGAGAGCCCUGAGAUGGCAGAGGCAACUCUGGAGGAGCAAGGGGAGCAGAUGAGACCAGAGGAGAAACUCAACCAAUCCCCUGUUGGCCGCGGAGGAGUAGAUGGGAAGCAAGAAGUGAUCAUGUGGGUGAGGGACAGUCCAGGGGGCUCUGAGGAAAGUCUGCGGGAGUUCCCUGGCCCCCUUCCCCCACCAGGUUCCCUCCAAACCGGCAUCACCCCUAGGCCCUGGUGGGCUGAGGCCCCUUGGUUGGGGGAGGGCCAGCCUGCCCUGUGGAGCAUCCUGCUGUUGCUGCCCAGAUAUGGCACUCCCUUCUCCCAUAGCACCCCCAUGACUGCAGCCCAGCAGGAGGUCUGGCCUCGGGACCAGAGGAUCCCACUGUCCCUGAACCUCCACAAAGGCCUCUGGAGCCAGAACCAGUUGGCCUCCUGCAGCCCCACCCCAGGUUCCCUCCCCCAGGGCCCCACACAGCUCAGCCCUGGGGAGAUGGAAGAGUCUGAUCAGAGGCACACAGGUGAACUUGCAACCUGUGUGGGUCAUGUGGGCACAGCAAGCCACCCAUCUCACCAACACCCUCCCCCACCCCCUCCUGCUCGGUCUCGGCCCUAUUCUUGUUCUGUCUGUGGAAAGAGGUUUUCACUCAAACAUCAGAUGGAGACGCACUACCGUGUCCACACAGGAGAGAAGCCCUUCUCCUGUAGCCUCUGUCCCCAGCGCUCCCGGGACUUCUCAGCCAUGACCAAGCACCUGCGGACGCAUGGGGCCGCACCCUACCGCUGCCCUCUGUGCCAGGCCGGCUGCCCCAGCCUGGCUUCCAUGCAGACGCACAUGCGCGGCCACUCGCCCAGCCAGCUCCCGCCGGGAUGGACCAUUCGCUCCACCUUCCUCUACUCCUCCUCCUCCUCCUCGAGGCCAUCUCGGGCCUCGACCUCUCCCUGUAGGCCCCCUUCCUCAACCACCUGACAGGGUGUCAGUAGCUUCUUUGGCUUCAGCCAAGCGUACAGAAUGAAAGAUGGGCCGGCGGGCCUGCUAGGCUUCUGACCUCGCACCGCGGCUACGGCCGCCUAGCAAACUCUGCUCCAAGAAGCGUCGCAGCAAGGGCGCCAAGAGCCCUCUCCCAGAUGACCGCGGGCCACAGAAACCUGGGCCAGCGAGCCCGUGUGGGGUGAGGGCAGUGAAGUGUGCACGAGUGAAGGUUAACUGUGCGGGGACUGGCGGUUCAUCACCAAAAUAAAGAGUUUCCUGUGCCCUCCUCUCGGGACCAGAAA